AUGGGGUGUACGGGUUCCAAGUUAGACCCUCAUGCAAAGGAGGCUUCCGCACAGAACGCAAAGAUUGAGCGCCAACUGCGACAUGAUCGAAAGGCUGAUGCUCGGACAGUCAAGAUCUUGCUGUUAGGUGCGGGCGAGUCAGGCAAAUCUACCAUAAUAAAACAAAUGCGAAUCAUCCAUUCCAGUGGCUUUCAGGACGAUGAAAGAGUCCAAGUCAAAGCAGUCAUCUACUCCAAUGUCGUUGUCGCCUUCCGUGUACUCUACGAGAUCAUGCAGGAUGAAAAGAUCGAUUUCGAAAACGAAGCCAAUGAAGCUCGUGCCGAAUUGCUUGAAUCCGUCAAUGCCGAUGUGGAUGCUCAUGAGGCGUUCCGGGACAAGAGAGUCAAAGAGGCCAUGCUCACACUGUGGAAAGACGCAGGCGUUCAGAAAGCCGUCGCGAAAGGGCACGAGUUUGCGCUCCACGACAAUCUGAGCUUCUAUUUCCAGAACAUCGAGCGCAUGUUUGAACCAGGCUGGAUCCCCGAUGACCAGGAUAUGCUUCAUGCGAGACUGCGCACCACUGGCAUCACCGAGACUGUCUUCGAGCUUCGCGAUCUGACUUUCCGCAUGAUGGAUGUUGGAGGUCAGAGAUCUGAACGCAAGAAAUGGAUUCACUGCUUCGAGGGUGUUCAGUGUCUCCUGUUCAUGGCUGCACUCUCCGGUUACGACCAAUGUCUGGUGGAAGAUGUGAACGCCAAUCAGAUGCACGAGGCUCUCAUGCUCUUUGAGUCAUUGGUCAAUGGAGAAUGGUUCAAGGAGAAGCCUAUCAUCUUGUUCCUCAACAAAAUCGAUCUCUUCCACGAGAAACUCAAAAUCUCUCCGCUGUCGGCACACUUCACGGACUACAAAGGAGAUGAUGAUGAUGAAGAAGCUGCCAAAGAGUACUUUGCCAACCGCUUCCGAGCCCUGAACCGCAACAAUAACCGAGAGAUCUACAUCCACUUCACCAACGCCACCGACACCAAUCUUUUGAAGGCUACCAUGGAAGAUGUACAAGAUAUUUUGAUCCAAAAGAAUCUUCAACGACUGGUGCUGUAA